AUGUUCUCAAGGACAGUCUUUUCGGCCCUCCGCCCUAUCUCCAGGCCGGCGCCUCUGCGCCUGCCUCUGCGACCCAUUCGCGCCCCGGCUUACCCUCUCCCUUCCAUCCUUCAUGCUCGCCUUCUUUCCACAGAGACAAAGGCGGCCAUCGAUAAAGCCGUUGGCUCUGCGCCCGUCGUGCUCUUCAUGAAGGGUACUCCCGAGACUCCUCAAUGCGGAUUCUCUCGCGCUUCUAUUCAGAUUCUGGGUCUGCAGGGUGUUGAUCCUAAGAAGUUCGUUGCGUUCAACGUUCUGGAGGAUGCGGAGUUGCGUCAAGGCGUUAAGGAGUACUCGGACUGGCCUACUAUUCCCCAGUUGUACUUGGAUAAGGAGUUCGUUGGAGGAUGUGACAUUCUGAUGUCUAUGCAUCAGAAUGGAGAGCUUGCUAAGCUCCUUGAGACCAAGGAGGUUCUCGUCGCGGCUGAUCAAUAA